CGCUUUAGCGGGCGCCUGAAAACGCCUUCGGCAGGUGUAUAUACCAGCUCAAGACUUCUCCAUGGUUGCGCGUCCAGUUAGCUACAAGAACUGGUAGGUCGAUGUUGUGUGAGUGCAUUGGUCUUUCAGACUAUCGUGCAUGUGCAGUUUUACAAGUUUAACGAAAUAAAAUUGCUAAUGAUCAGUCCUCGGUUUAGAUGAAUUAGUGCAACUUCUUGCCGGUUAUUGGAAUAUUUUCAAGUUGGUUGACCAUAACGGUCCUAUAAUCUUCACCUAGAGCCCGAGGCCGCGGAUACCCACCAACCAAGGCCCAUCCUUAAGACCUUUGGUAUUUUGCAGCCGAAACAAUGAUCGAUCAGCAUGUUACAUAACGGCAGAAUGGACAUCAAAUGUUGCUAUCAUAGGUUGUGGCAAAACAUUUAGAUCAUGCAAGAAGGCAAAAUCAUCGCCACUUUUGUGGCCUUAAUCACACUAGCUUCAGCUCAAUGCCCUUGGCAGCGGGAAUCCGUAGACCUGCAGUCGUCAUGUCUGUGUUCCUACAAUUUAGGACACGAACUUUCGGUGCAAUGUGACAUGGUCGACUGGCCAAAACUUCUUGCAGCUUUACAAAAGUACGCCACAGCGACUCCCCUUGACUUACUCUACGUGAACAAUUCCACGAUUGGUGCUUUAAACGACAAUAUUUUCGUGAACUUGCGAGUGCAUAAUUUGCAAUUAUCGGGGUGUAAGAUAAACAGUGUGGCGGGUGGUACCUUCAAAGGACAGGAACAACACUUGAAGAAUUUGAAUCUGCAAGACAAUGACUUGACCGAAGUGCCGGUUGAAAGUUUGAGGCCUUUGAGGACUUUAUCACUUCUGGAUUUGUCCCACAACAGGAUUAGUGCGGUUCCGGACGGUGCGUUUGAGACUUUAAAAAAAUUAGCCACGUUGAAGUUAUCUGAUAACAACGUCACGUUAUCUUUAGAGGCGUUAAAGGGGCUCGAAGGCUCCCUAAAAAAUCUAAAUCUGAAAGGGACGCGUCAGAAAGAUAUCCCCGAAGCGGUGAAAAAUCUAAAAACUUUGGCGUUUCUGGAUUUAUCCCAAAACAGUUUGCGGGAACUUCCGGGAAUGACGGGCUUGAAGUCAUUCGAGGGUUUGAAUUCGCUCACUGCGCUUAAUCUUGAGCGAAAUUUGAUACAAAAACUGGACAAGAACGCGUUCCAAGGUGUCGAGAAAACGCUAAGUUCGCUCAGUUUGCUCAAUAAUUUGCUCCCUGAUUUUCCGACGGAGGCUUUAAGCGUCUUGUCUGAACUGCGCGUGUUGGAUAUCGGAUUCAAUUUACUGACCGAGUUGCCAGAUAAAGCCUUUCAGGGCAAUCCCUCGAUCACAUUGUUGGCUCUGGACGGAAAUCCGUUAGCCACCAUCCCAUUUUCGGCUUUGUCUCACUUGAACAAUACCCUGCGAGGUCUCAGCUUAGGCGGGCGAUUUCUGCACUGCGAUUGCCGCCUAGCUUGGGUCAUCGAUUGGAUAAGGAACGGUGACUUACAAGUGACUAGCCGCGAACGAAACCCCCAAUUUUGUGGCAGUCCGCCACGGUUCAGAGACCGCGGCUUCUACAGCAUACAGCCCGAGGAACUGUCCUGUAAAAAAGAGGAAGGCGUGGGCAUUGCCACGGUCGUCACUGCCGAUCUGGACGACGUUUCAAUCGCGGACUCUGAACUACCACCGAAAACUACAACAAAGGAGCCAACCACCAGGAAAACAACCAUCACGACCAGCACCAUUUCGACAACAACCACAAAAACAACCUCCUCGACCACCAAAGCAGCAACGACGAAAUCGAAAGUCAGGACAACAUCGCCACCGUGGAAAAACACACAGAGGCCGCCCCUCAUCAUGAAUUACCCAACCAAGACGAAAAUUGACGACGCGAACGAUGUCAUAGUCAAAAACGCCUUCCGGCAAGACAACUCGGUGAUAAUCCAAUGGGGGUCCGAAACCGCCAAUAUCUUGGGCUUCAGAGUUGUCUAUCGCCUAUUUGGAGACAAGAGUUUCAAGCAGGGACCGCCCUUAGAAGCGAGCGAGAGAGAAUUCAAGAUUAAAAAUGUGCCAUCGCAGGAAUGUAUCAUAGUCUGCGUGGUCUCUCUGGAAGAGAUUAACGUCACACCCGAAACCGUUCCAUAUUCACAAUGUCGUGAAGUGAGAACAGUUUCCACCGCUUCUUCCAACAUGGACAAAAUCACAAUUGCUGCAAGUGCAGCGAUUUGUGGAACCAUUGUAGUUGCCGUGGUCAUUUUCGUAGCGGCUUCGAGAAGAAGAACGCGAAAAUUGCACGAAUUACACCAACAGAAAAUCGGGAUGAAAAACGGACUGCCCAUAAGUGGGUUACCGGUCAACUGUUGCACCGGUUUAGGGCCUGCAGCCAGUCCCGGCGGACCUCUGUCCUCGCUGGCGACGCUCAGUGCGUUCAACAACAACAAAGACUGGGACCAAGUUUCGGGCUACAGCACGCACAGCGUCCAGAGACACAACCGGAUGUACUCGCUGGACCAGCCCUCCACCCUAAUCGCGGACGACAUGCGUUCCCACUUCAGUACAAAAGGCACGAAAUCGCGUUCGAUAGCCGACGGACAAUCCCAGAACAGUUUUUCCAACCACUCUGGACGCUACUUGAACGCAUUUCCCAGUAACUUAAUAACUUCGCGUCAAGAUUUGCGCCAAUCGAGACAGUCCUUGACCAUGCAAUCGGACAGACUGUCGACUCGUGGACCUAGUCACCACGCACCGACCCAUUCCGUGGCGUCCUCCAGACGCUCCAGACCCAGAUCCCGGUCCCGGGACUACAACAGGCCCAGUAGCCGGUACAGCACGGCUGGAUCGACUCACACUUUAAACAAUUAUUGCGACAAUUCCGACAACUGGACUGACCACGAUAUGGACAUUUACAUGGCGAGAAACCCGACCACUAGGAACGGUCUCGUACCGCUCUGAUUUAGUUGCUCAAUGUGUUCGCAAGGAAUGAUUCAAAAAGGCUGUUAUUUGAUUCAGACAAUUCGCAACAGCACGACUGAUAGUAGGAUCAGUUAACAAGUAAUUUUAAAGAUAGUUACUAGAGAAUAAUGAUAAUGUAUUUUUAUAUUUAAACGAUAUUUCUCUAUUUAUAUGUUGACGGAAGUAUGAGUUUAUUUUGUAUAUAACUUUCGCAAAAUUAAAUAAAUCUCUUAAGUGAC